AACCACAGCUGUGUGAGUGUGUGCCUGUGUGUCUGCUCGCUUUCCCUGAAGAGCAGGUAGCCACAAUGUGCUAGACUGCAACCCAAACAUCAAACCUGUUUAUAGCUGCAUCUGCGAGCUCUCUCUCUCUCUCUCUCUCUCGCUCUCUCUCCCACUCACUAUGGCCCUGCUGAAGUCAUCAUUUACCGGAAGCAUGCCUGCUCAGCUCUACAAGCAUUUUUCUCUCUCUCUCUCCCUCUCUCUCUCUCUUCUCUCGUCUCUUUCCCCUCCCCUCAGUGAUGAAGUGAAAGCAUCUCUGGAGGCAGAGUUCAGGACAGUCCCACUAUGAGAGGUAGCGACGCUUUUCACUCCUCCCCAGAUGAGACCUGAUCAAGAGGAACAACAGGAACCUUACCGCUAGCUCCAGAGCCUUGCCUUGUUCUCUGAUCUGUUUUUGGCACACAAACUUUUCGACCUCCUAUGCCUUUGGAACAGGAGACAAGGAAAAUCACUUACAGCUGUUUCUCAGGAACUCCUGUCCCCUCGGCUAAAUAACACACGGUCAAGAAGAAAGAGAGGGAGAGAGGGGACCCCUCUGUUGCCGUGGUGACAGAAGUGCGAACAGGAGGAACUUCUGUCAAAGAUUUCACCCUCACUGCUGACUCCAAGUGCAGUUUUUACAGGCCGUCAUCUAGUGUAUAUGACUUCGUCUCAGGAAAACAUGGGGAACAGCACAGGCAGCUGUGUGGACAUCGAGGAGAAGAGUCGCUAUAGCGACGUACUGAUGGGCAUCUAUAUCUUGGCCUUUAUCUUCGGCCUGGUCACCAACCUGAUCGUCUUCGCCCCCAUCAUCCAGCAGAUCCGUCGCAAGAACGUCCUCGGCAUCUACCUGGUGCACCUGUCAGUCUCGGACCUUUUGUUCAUCGUCACGAUACCCCUGUGGAUCUACUACUACUACCAGGACCAUCACUGGAGUUUGCCCACUUGGUCAUGUGACCUGGCCGGCUUCGUCUACUACUCCAACAUGUACAUCAGCAUCUACCUGCUGUGCUGCAUCUCAGUGGACCGCUGUCUGACUAUUAGCUUCCCGUUCCAGGCCAAAACCAUGCGCCGCUCGCCCUGCGCCUGGGGCGCGUGCGCGGUGGUCUUCGCCGUCAUCGCGUCGCUCCACGCGGCCGUGCUCAAGCUGGACAAGGAGGAGAUGUACGACAACAGGACCAGGCAGUGUUACGAGACUUACCCUAUCAACGAACGGAUCGCCCUGUUCAACCUGCUGCGUGUGGGCCUGGGAUUUACCAUCCCCUUCGUGGUCCUGGUGGUGUGCUACACGCGCAUCUGGACGAAGGUGCGGGGCAGCACGGGCCUGGACGAGCGUGGCAAGCAGAAGGUCAAGCGACUGGCCGUGGCGGUCAUCUCCAUCUUCUGCGUGUGCUUCUUCCCGUAUCACCUGCUGCUGACGAUACGCUCCAUCGCGUACUACGCCAUGGACGAGGAGACCAACUGCGCCUUCGAGGACAAGCUGCACUUCGUCUUCGCAAGCACGCUGGCGCUGUCCAGUCUCAACUGCGUCGUGGACCCUGUGCUGUACAUGCUGGCCAGUAAUGGCGUACGGGAGGACAUGAGGGUGUGCUACCGCAGGAGGGUGGUGCAGUCUCAGCCCGUCUACACCGCCACCACCAAAAUAUAGUCACCAUCACCAACCCACUGCACUGGUUGUUGGUGUUGGUGUGUGUGUGUGUGUGUGUGUGUGUGUGUGUGUUGGUGUGUUAGGGUGUGUGUGUGUGUGUGUGUGUGUG